GAUUGACAAUGUCCGGCUCCGUCAGCCUAGAAGGUCUGAUUUUUCGAAAGAUGGUUAAAAUCCAGCCCCCACCCGUUUUCUUUUUCCUUUCCUCUCUCUGCAGUCUGCACCCUGUCAGUUCGUUCACGUCUGUUGGAUCCUUUGACCUGGGUUCGAAUAUCUAGCGCCAACAUCAAGAUCUUGGGUCCUUUUCGCCCGCACCCGAUCGCCUGGGUGGCUCUUAUUCCCAGCGUUCAGAUAAUCCCGGCCGUUGAAUAGUGGAAAUCAUGCGGUGGUCAACGCUUCUCGCGCUCGCCGUUCAGGGGCUGCUGGUGUCGCCAAGCACAGCAGAUGAUCGCAUCUGUCGAUUUCCCAGUGGGAAGAUCACCGACGACGUACCGUGCACGUCGGACGCCAAUACCUUCUGCUGUUCGCCGGGCUCGAUCUGCCUGGAUAACGGGUACUGCUAUAACGUAGUGAAACAGCCGUUUAUGCUGUCGCGGGGGACUUGCACGGAUCGGAACUGGGGGACGAGCUGUCCGCAGCAGUGUACAGGACAAAACAACGACUGGGACCGCGGCUCUGCCAUCAUUCUUUUCGAGAACACCAGCCCACCGACAUACUGCUGCGACGGGGUGAAAUGGGACUCGGACAAAAGCAGCCUGGCCUGCGUCGGAGGCGACGACGCAUUCAAACUGGACGCGGGAAAAGCGAUGGUGGGCGUCGCGGCACUCAAGAGUCUCGCCCUCAGCGAUCCAGACGAACACUAUGCCAGUGCCAUCAACAUUUCGCAGAUCUCGAACAGCACGUCAGGGUCGGAUGCAAACGCAACGUCGACGGGAUCAACCCCGACAUCGACGUCGACGGCCUGUGUCAGUGCAACCAAUCUCCCCGGAGCGAGCAGUGGCGAUAAUUCCGGGAAGGAGGCGGCCAUUGGCGCAGGCGUUGGUGUCCCGUUGGGCGUGAUUGCGCUGGCGUCGUUGGCGUGGGCGUUUAUCCUGCAGAGACAGAACCGGAAUCUGAAGAAGGCUCAGGCGCGGGGCGCAGGUGAGGGCCAGUUUUUGGGGCAGCCGGGAAUGAUACCAGGCGGGUAUAUGAACCACGGAGCGGCCAACUAUGGACGUCAAAGUCAUUUUGUAGAGCUGGGGGAGAUGGAAGAAAAUCCGAGAGAGCUUGCGGGGACGCCGAAGCAUGGUCCUUAGGAUGUGACGAUGUUGGAGUUUAAAUUGUUUGCUGUUUAUCAAGCGAAGCGGUGAUUUCACUUUGGUGUAUAUUUAUUGUAAUGGGGUAUGAGUGGAGAUUUCUUCAAGAUCUUAUAAUAAUGUACUCAGGAUAUUGAUUAUGA